AUUCCACUUUUCCCCUCAAAGUCAUUAAGUUGCAGUGAUGCUUGCGACGCGUAGCCUUCGUGCUUCGGGUUGCCGGUCCCCAGCGGUGACCCAGCCUCGCCUGGCCCUUGGCCGUGGGCGCCUUGAGAUUGUAUGCGCCAGCAAUGCAAAAUUUUUUGUGGGCGGCAACUGGAAGUGCAAUGGCAGCGUCGCGAGCGUGCGCAAGCUGGUUGAUGAGCUGAACAGCGGCAGCGUUCCGCGCGGCGUGGACAUUGUCUGCGCUCCGCCCUUUAUCUAUAUUGACUAUGUCAUGCAGCACCUGGAUAAGGACAAGUAUCAGCUCGCUGCCCAGAACUGCUGGAUCGGCGGCAAUGGCGCGUACACAGGCGAGGUCAGCGCUGAACAGCUGCAAGACUUCGGGCUUCCUUGGGUGAUUCUGGGCCAUUCCGAGCGACGGUCGCUGUGUGGUGAGACCAAUCAGGUGGUGGCGAAGAAGACCGCGCACGCAUUGGAUGUCGGUCUCGGCGUCAUUGCGUGUGUUGGCGAGACCCUGGAUCAGCGGAACAGCGGCGCCAUGUUUCAAGUCCUGGAUGGCCAGAUGCAAGCCCUCGUUGAUGAGGUCAAGGAUUGGUCCAAGGUGGUUAUUGCGUACGAGCCUGUGUGGGCUAUCGGCACGGGUGUUGUGGCGACGCCGGAGCAGGCGCAGGAGGUCCACGCCUACUUACGCAGGUUCUGCCAGAGCAAGCUCGGGACCAGUGUUGCCGACCAAUUGCGCAUCAUCUACGGCGGCUCUGUCAAUGAUGCGAACUGCAAGGAGCUGUCGGUACAGGAGGACAUCGAUGGCUUCCUUGUGGGUGGUGCCUCGCUAAAGGGGUCGGCAUUUGUCACCAUUUGCAAUUCUGCUGGGCCCAAGGCUAAGUAAUGAAACUCCGGAUGGAAGCACAUUAGGGUUUAGGUUGCGCGCCGACAUGUCGCGAAGCGAUUUGUUGCGGCGCCAGCGAAAUUGGCACCGCUUCUUGACUGUACAUUAAAGGCUGAUCCUGACGGCGCUUGACAUUGUCGCCGUUGACUUUUAACUGGGUUCUUUCCGGACGGGUAGGUCGGGGCGCGUGGAUGUGAAACGUGGAACUAGCCGCAAGCAAGGGCUACCGAUAAAGGGGCAGAAGAUAUAGACUCAGCCAGUUAUCUUUGACCGAUUCCGACCUUAUUGUCUUGUCCGUAAGUUGUGUUUCUGCUUUGGUGCUCUUGUCGGGAGAUGUUUGUUAUGUCUUGGGUUAGUGUUUGUUACAGCUGCGGCAACGUUGCCAGAAUGUGUCGCGUUUGCCGCCACGUUGCAGCGGCCUUGUUACGCGUUUGUCGGCAACGGCUGCCACGGUGCCAUUUGAGGUCGUAGCUAUAUAGGCUAUUUGCAGCUGCCAUCAUGCGCAUCCGCCCAAUUUUGUGAUUCCCUGGGAGGGUUUGCAGCACAGGCUGCCGUCGGCCGCUGAAAGUCUUUGGAAGUUCGGAUUCCGUGGGGCCUGAGGGCUCGGACGGGGCUCCUGCCUAAUGGGCGCUUGGGUCCGUAGUCUUGCUGGUUGUUGCAACAUUUUUAUGUCGGUCUGUUUCGGCUAUAUAGAUGUGUGCGCAUCUUGAGGAAUGUGUUAAGAUGCCUGUAAGCCAACCGGCAGCG